ACCUGCACUAGGAGACGCUGCCACCGGACCCUGCCCAGAGCACCCACUCCCCAGCGACCACCAUGUCCCAGACCAAAACACUGAAGGUCCGCGUGACCCUCUUCUGCAUCCUGGUGGGCAUCGUGCUGGCCAUGGCGGCCGUGGUGACGGACCACUGGGCCGUGCUGAGCCCCCACCUGGAGCACCACAACACCACCUGUGAGGCGGCCCACUUCGGCCUCUGGAGGAUUUGCACCAAGCGCAUUCCCAUGGAUGACAGCAAGAGCUGCGGACCCAUCACCCUGCCCGGGGAGAAGAACUGUUCCUACUUCAGGCAUUUCAACCCAGGCGAGAGCUCAGAGAUCUUCGAAUUCACCACUCAGAAGGAGUACAGCAUCUCGGCGGCCGCCAUCGCCAUCUUCUGCAUCGGCUUCGCCAUCAUGGGCACCGUCGGCGUCCUCCUGUCCUGCGGGCGGAAGCGGGACUACCUGCUGCGGCCGGCGGCGAUGUUCUUCGCCUUCGCAGGUCUCUGCAUCUUCGUGUCGGUGGAGGUCAUGCGGCAGUCGGUGAAGCGCAUGAUCGACAGCGAGGACACCGUGUGGAUCGAGUACUACUACUCCUGGUCCUUCGCCUGCGCCUGCGCCGCCUUCGUCCUCCUCUUCCUCGGCGGCCUGGCCCUGCUGCUCUUCUCCCUGCCCCGAAUGCCCCGGAACCCCUGGGAGUCCUGCAUGGACGCCGAGCCCGAGCACUAGCCCCGCGGGGCACCGGCGGCCCUAG